AUGCAGAAGCCGGCUGAGCUGACGACGAGGAGUGAGUCUCCGGCCGACAAUGAUGUUCCCCCUGGGUUCGAAGAUGUAGAGGUGAAUGAGGCUGCAGCCAAGCUGUCCUCCGUGCAGGUCAGCGAGGCAGCUCCUGAUGCAGGGGAUGAGCCUGACACAAGCCUGAAGACCGACUCCCUGGUGGAGCGGGAUACAGAGGUCAAAAAGGUCCUGGCCGACGACACCCUGUACACAUCAGCAAAAACCUUCGAGGAGCUGGGCCUCUCCCCCGAGCUCCUGCAGGGCCUGUACAUCGAGAUGAAGUUUGAGCGGCCCUCCAAGAUCCAGGCCGAGACGCUGCCCCUGAUCCUCACCCCGCCGCACCGCUCCCUCAUUGCGCAAGCCCACAAUGGGAGCGGGAAGACCACCUGCUUCACCCUGGCCAUGCUGUCCCGGGUGGACCCGGCCCUGCACGCACCGCAGGCCCUCUGCGUCUGUCCCACCCGCGAGUUGGUCAUCCAGAACGCCGCUGUGCUGGAGCGGCUGGGCAAGUACUCCGGCAUCACCAUGACCUCCACCGCCGCGGCAGACUACGCCACCACGCGCCGCGCGCGCAUCAACGAGCAGAUCGUGGUGGGGACGCACGGCAAGCUGCGCGAUUGGAUGAGCAAGCGGGUGCUCAGCGUCGCGGCCAUGAAGGUCCUGGUCUUCGACGAGGCGGACGAGAUGCUCAAGCAAGAGGGCUUCCUGGACGACUCGGUGCGCAUGAUGCGGCAGCUGCAGGCGGCCAACAAGGACCUGCAGAUCCUGCUCUUCUCCGCCACCUUCAACGAGCGCGUGAAGACCUUUGCGCAGAAGGCGGUCAAGGAUGCCAACCAGGUGUUUGUCCCCAAGGAGGACUUAUCCCUGGACGUCAUCAAGCAGUAUCGGGUGUACUGUCCUACCUCCGCCGACAAGGUCAAGGUCCUGCGUGACAUGAUUUUCCCGCAGUGCGAGCGCCUGGGCCAGACCAUCAUCUUUGUGCGGACGCGGGAGACGGCACGUGACGUGCACAGGCUGAUGGAGAGCGAGGGGCAUAAAUGCACCUCCAUUCAGGGCGGCAUGGACCACACCGCUCGCGACCGCGUCAUCCGGGAGUUCAGGGAUGGCACCACCAAAAUCCUGAUCAGCACAGACGUGCUUUCUCGCGGAUUCGAUGUCACUCAAGUCACGCUGGUGAUCAACCUGGACCUUCCCGUGGAGAAGGACGUGCGCAUCCCCGCCUUCGAGACGUACCUGCACCGCAUCGGGCGCAGCGGGCGGUUUGGGCGCAAGGGCGUGGCCUUCAACCUGGUCACAGGGGACACGGAGCGUCGCGUGAUCGACGAGAUAGAGGCGUACUUCAAGCACCCCAUCCCCGAGGUGCCGUACGACAAUGAGGAGGAGUUUGUCAACGUGCUGCGGAGGGCGGGGCUGACGGAGCAGGAGGCCUGA